AUGGCUGCUCUACGGAAAAAACUUGUUAUUGUUGGUGAUGGAGCUUGUGGUAAAACUUGUUUGUUAAUUGUCUUUAGUAAAGAUCAAUUUCCUGAAGUUUACGUCCCAACUGUAUUUGAAAAUUAUGUUUCUGAUAUUGAAGUUGAUGGUAAACAGGUUGAAUUAGCUUUAUGGGAUACAGCUGGACAAGAAGAUUAUGAUCGUUUACGUCCAUUAUCUUAUCCGGAUACAGAUGUUAUACUCAUGUGCUUUGCUAUUGAUAGUCCGGACAGUCUUGAGAACAUUCCCGAGAAAUGGACACCGGAAGUAAAACAUUUUUGUCCAAAUGUUCCAAUUGUACUUGUUGGAAAUAAAAAAGAUUUACGUAAUGAUGAAGCAACAAAAAAGGAAUUAAUGAAAAUGAAACAAGAACCUGUACGUAGUGAAGAAGGACGUAAUAUGGCUGAAAAAAUUGGUGCGGUUGGUUAUCUUGAAUGUUCAGCUAAGACAAAAGAAGGUGUACGUGAAGUAUUUGAACAUGCAGCACGAGCUGCAUUAGCACGAAAGAAGAAACGUAAAGGUGGCUGUAUUAUGAUCUGA